AUGGCGACAUCAGAGAAGCAAGUGAUGGUGGUUGGCUUCGACGAUCAUGAACACAACGCAUACGCUUUGGAAUGGAGUCUGAAGCAUUUCUUUACUGCUUCAAACCUUCAUUUCCAGCUUGUCAUCGUCCAUGCCAGACCCUCCCCCCCCCCUCUAUUCCUAUUCCUGUUGAUAAUUAGCUGCAAUGUUAUUGGUGUUUUGAUCAAUUUUGUAGAAGCCUCCGAAAUUUUACGAUAUACAGAGGCAGACUUGAAAAGGAUAGCUGCCCGAGUUGCUGAAAACGUUGAGGAAAUUUGCCACAAUCAAUUGGAGAAUGAAGCAGUAGUGGAGGUGAUGCAAGGAGAUCCUAGGAAUGUUCUUUGUGAUGCUGUGGAGAAACACCAGGCUUCUGUGUUGGUUGUGGGUAGUCAUGGCUAUGGAGCUAUAAAAAGGGCGGUUUUAGGAAGUGUAAGUGACUGCUGUGCUCAUCAUGCUCACUGCUCUGUGAUGAUUGUCAAGAGGCCCAAAACCAAACACUAA